UGAGUACAACCACCACGGUCCACCAAACCUCUUGAAAACCUUCCUAGUCUUGUAUCUAUCUGGUGAUUCUAAUGUACCAGGCUUUGGUCUGAUUAAUGGCUUAACGGUGGGGGAAAUGCGGGGGACCAGGUUCACAACUUAUUCUGACAUCGCUCACAAUACCAUAUAUUCAUGAUUUAAUCGCACAAAUCUUAGCCUACCACCUAGAGUAGAGUCGAGAGAGCCAUCCGAGAUAUAUUGCCUAACCAUGACCACCUCGGAUCAUAGCCAGUGGGGGUUUGAAGCUCAAGCACAGAGCACCCUCUUUCUUCUGCCAAACGAAACCCGUCGCGAGAUAUACAGGCAGUUCUUCCACCAUGAUGUUCAUGUCUAUCUGCACCAAGACCAUAUCCGUCUAUCUCUCUGCGUGCAGGAGCGAUUACGGAACCGGGAACUCGAGAGUUAUAUCUCGCAAUACGCCAACCGCUCCAAGGCUGACACGGCGAUGUGGACCCGGCGCAUCGCAUCAUCGUGGGGGGAGCACUGGAAAUGCGAAGAACUGGCCAAGGGCGUGCACAAUAGUCACGGCGUAGCCGGGAACUACGUACAGUCCAUGUCUCGGGCGUGCAAAAGACUUUAUAUCGACGUCGCUACUUUCGUCGCGGAUUUCACCACCAUCCACAUCACAGAUCCCGCGGCACUCUCCCAAAUAUGUCGGGGAGUGAACAGCCGGACUCUUGCUCCGAAAUUCUUCGGCAUGUCGUUUUCACACGUCAAGCGACUGGGCAUGACCUUCAAGCUAGACGUCGACUUCUGUGAGGGCUGGGGGCGCGUUACGGCCAACGACGAUGUCGACCAGACCCCUGGUCCGGCCGUCUCUGCCGUGGGUGAGCACUGGGCAGCAGCACAGCAACGCUGGCGUGAGAUGUCUGUAAACAUUUCCCAGCUCAGACAAUUGCAGGCCCUUCAUGUCAGCUUGGACCACAACAACAAGUGUCCCUGGGCCGUCGUGGAUGAGCGGGCCAUACUAGCACCCUUGGCGAAAGCCGCCGAAAAUGGCGAUUUUGCGCUGACUAUAGAUCUUCCGAUGCUUGAGCCGCAUUUUCAAAACCCUCUGCGUCAUUACACAGCAGACAGCCCGGCCUUGCACUUCAGCAUCAUCCGUAGGUACCGAGAGACGUUAUUUGUCGGGGUAGACAAUUCCGGCGAAAGAAGUGUGGUCGAGAAGUGGCAGUUCCCAGUACUGUAUCACUUCUACCAAGAUGUGGACGGAUUCAAGGACAGAGGGGUGGAGUGUGGCGGGCCAAGUGCUGAAGACAUGGUGAGGCUUCGUGACCAAGCUGAACAAGAGGAGCGAAAUGUGGCGAGAAGAGGACGAGAUCCGUGGGAUUACAUCACGGAACUUUGCGAACAAUUGUCCCAAUGAGGUUGUCACACUGCGGAUGCCAGUUCAGGUAUGGUCAAGACGUCAUUACAGCAAGGAGAGCUGUAAACGAGUGAGCCAGCAAUCGACCAUCUUUCCGGAGCAGUCGUAUUGUCCAAGGUUAUUACUUCCUAGAGCCCCUAUUGCAAGUAUCCAUCAUGGAGCGGGAUGGUUGAAUUUGAAAGGAACCUCAUUUCGCAGUGGUUGGUCGAGGAAGUGAUGAUUUACGAAGCGGGAGACGGAAUUGGAACUAGAAUCAAAACAAUCUCCCUAAUUGGCACUGGGAAAUAAAGAAGGUUGAUAAAACAGCCUGUUGGCCUCUCCGCGCCAGUUGGUAGCCGAUAUCUAUCCCUGAUGGUUGUAUAAUACAUUAUCAUGAGUCAUCUGAACACAUAUUGUUCUUGGGAUAAUAGGGCAUUUAUAGCACGUAUUGUAUCAGCUUACGCCAUAUGAACA